AUGUAUCACCAUAAUCACCAACACAGGACCUUCCGGGGCACGCAUGCUGGGAGAGAUGCGUUGUCACGACGGCCCGACAUUGUGCCUCGCGAUCGCCUUCGCAUCCUUGCUAUGCCUCCCACUCCAACGUUGAUGAGAAGAGAUCCUGCCCCGUCUGCCGCCACUGCCACUGCGACCUCCACUUGCGGUGGUAAUAGCUGUGAGAAAGCCACGAGCACAAUGAUGACUACAACCUUGCCGGUUGUUCUCGGUGUAGUGAUCCCCGUCGUGUGUGCCAUCGCAGUUCUACUUUACUUUCAUCGCAAGAAUGUGAAGAAGCUUCGAAACGAGGAUGCGAACGACAAGCAUAAAUCCCUCGAUUUCGGCUUAGAUCUGACACCUACUGGUACUAAGCCCAUGCAACAGGCCGAGAAAACUAAUGGCGCCCAUGCCAAAGGAGUCUCCCUAGACAUAGGGCCAAGUCCAUACUUACUACCUCCUGGACUGCACAAUUCUAGAGAAUCUUUGCACUCCUUGUCGAGGUCUAUGAUUGGAGAUGAUGACAAAUAUCGACACGCAACCUCUUUUCUCGGAGACAAUGCGUCCCUCAGAUCUCAUUCUAGAGGUGCCCAAGACGAUGCGUCCAGCUUUGCAGGUUCCACUCGACGAGGCCCUCUGGGCGACGACAUGAACCAAGGACUUCUUCGAAACGCUCAACGAAUGUCUCGCUCAUCCCCACCACUUUAUGCUCAUCCGGAAAGCGACCAAAGCGCCCAAAGUCUGUCUAGCCCGGACCAGUUAUCCCACGCUGGACUCCAAUUAGAUCUCCCGAGAAGUCCAAGCCCAGUUCAUGUGCCCGAAGUUACUGUGGCUGACGAACAGGUCUCUACUGAAGAUCAUGUCAAACCUAGGGCAUCGGUUGACCGUCUGGAAACUGGUGCUCCUAUGCAGACCUUGUCCUCGGCGCCUCUGGAGCAGCUGCAUGAUCCAGAAUUGAUAUCGCUUCCAGUAAGCGAUGCGGCUAGUGACUACGGGGAUGCGGAACCCAAACGCACGAUCCCAUCAGUCACUGUGCACGUCGAGUCAGGACAUGGUGAUCACGUCAACCCUAAGAACCCGCCUCAUCCUUCGCAGAAACUAGAUGAGAUGGCACGAGUGCAGAAUGCUAGUCCUGAUGACCGUCGUGACACACGCCGGCUGACUUUCGGUCUACGACCUCUGCCACCAGAGGACCCCUCUGAUAACCCUGAACAGCGCGCCAAUCGUAUCCGCUCAUUCUACAAGGAGUACUUUGAUGAGAGUCGUACCGGUCGCGACACUUAUUAUGGAGGGUCCGGGCCUGAAGCCUUUGCUGAAGGCGACUAUGUCUAUGAUCCGUCCACGGGUGAGCAUUUUAGCCCUGUCCCAGCGCCAUUUGCGGAGCCUGUUACUCGCCGCGCUAUGACGCCCCCACCUCGUGCACCUCCGCGCUUUCAGGGUGCUGCUCGCCACAUGGCUACUGGCUCAGACGGUGGUUUCGGUGACAGAUUCGACUCUCCGGGUCCCCGUGCAAUUUCGUCCGCUUCGGGUCGCCUACCGGGUCCUCCCAAGCCUCGGAAGCCAGCACCGCCCCCAUCGCCACUUCAGAUCCUCCCAACGCCCCAUAUGCUUAAAGACGAGUCUUUAAUGACGGCGGUUGACUAUGCUCCCGGCAAGAACUACAAGGAUCUAAGGGAAGGCCGACCGGACACGCCGUUAGGUGGUCUUCAGCCCUUCAGUCCCUUGACCCCAGCGCGUUCCCCUCUCGUCUCGGCCUUUGACGAUUUAUCGCCUCUACCUAGCGCGCACGCUUUACGAAAGUCCGGCGCUUACGAUACGCUGGAUUUCGCGCCUCCACCGCGGUUCAAAAACACUGAUGCUGGAAGCGAUGCCGGCAGCAUCCGCAGCAAUCAUACCGGAAUAUCGUCGACCCAUCUUCACAACAUCCGCAACGGCGCAUACCGCGUCAGCCGCCUUCCUCCAGGUACCGUGGGUACUAAGGAUGAUUUGAUAUCAAACCUUCGCCCUAAAUGGGAUAUGCAGCAGUAA